AUGGAGAGCUCGCGCACGAUAUUGGAACUAAAGACAUCGUUUAUUAGAAAUCAAGUGCGAAUCCUUUCGACAGCCAUCGCGCCCCAGGAAGGAUGGAGGGGCUUUGCGCCAGAGACUGAAGAUGACCUGAGCGAGAAAGUGGUGGAGGAAGCUCUACAGAAGCUGAACGCAAUUUUAAAGCAGCACAAUCGCGUUGUUUAUUCGACUCAAGCCAUCCAACACAUUGUUCGACAGAUCGAAAGCUUGUACUGGAACUCGGUCAAAAGCGAAAUCCUCAACCCGAGUCAAGGGCUGAGUGGGGUGGAAAUUGGUUCAGACCUGUCAAACCAUUUAGUCAUCGAGAAACUGCCGUCCCAAUACCGCGGAGACGAUGCGUCAAUUGAGGACAAAGAAAGGUACAAGGCUCUACACGAACGAUUAAUUGCAUUGGACAACAGGCGGCAAGCACAACAGAAGCGUUUAGCUCAGUACAAGCAGCUAGAAUUCCUCCUUGAGCCAUUCAAAAAUCCGCACGACAAUAUCCAGCCUAAUCUGAUCACGAAAGAUGGCGAAAUUGUUCGAGAAAUCGAUAAAAUGCGCAUGCUGGUGGCAAGGGUUGCGGGGAGGAUUCACAAUACUCGUGUUAUACAGACAGGAGAAGACAACUCGACUAUAAUACCCUCUACAGAUCCUGGAGAUAGGCUUGCAGCUUUGCUCGAUAUGACUUGA